AUGGCGGGCACAGCUGUGGCCUUCGCGGAGGCUCCGACCACGGUUAAUGGUAUGAAUAAAGAAGCAUCGGUUCAUAUAUACAUAUUUGGGGACCAGACUGUUUCCUUUGAAGACACCUUAAGAAGCCUUCUGAAUAUCAAAGACAACGCAGCCCUCUCGGACUUCUUUAACAAGGUCGGUCUCAGGCUCCGAAGCUACAUAGGAGGCCUUCCACUCCAUGAGCGAGAUUUUUUUCCACAGUUCACUACUCUGGUUGACCUUUUCGCCCGGCACGACCAAUUUGCUGGCGCUCCGGCCCUGAAAUUUACGCUCUUGUGUGUCACUCAGAUUGGACAAUGGAUCAGAUACUACGGGAAAGGUCCAAAGGUCUAUCCGUCUCCAACAAGCACGUAUCUGGCUGGUGCUUGUACUGGGUCGUUUGCAGUUGCUGCAAUCAGCACCUCACGGUCUAUCGGGGAACUUCUUUCACCAGCAGUUGAAGCCGUCCUCAUAGCGUUUAAGACUGCUAGCUACUCACUAUCGCUGCGGAAGGAUCUGGGAUUCACAGUCUCAGGGGGACCAAAUUCUUGGUCCGUAGUCGUGGGUGUCCAAGAAUCGGAAGCAGCGCGGCUCGUGGAAAAUUUCAACAGCGCAAAGGGUCUUCCUGUUGUCUCGUCAAUCUAUUUAAGCUGCAUGAACCGCAACAAUACCUCUGUUUGCGGCCCCCCAGAACUCCUGCUUGAAUUUCUAUCGUCAAAUUCAUUAAAACACUUGUCAUUGCCGAUCGAGAUUCCUUACCAUGCACCACAUAUUUUUAACGCGUCCGCGCCCGAAAAGUUAGUUGGACCGUUCUCCGAUGUCAUACUGGAAGAUUAUAGACAAUGUUUCAAGAGUAUAUCGAUUGCUUCUGGGGAGGUCAUAACUUCUUCAAGCUUUAGGGAGUUGCUACAAAGAGCAGUUUCAGAGACACUACUGGAGCCCAUGCGAUGGGAUGUUACGAUAUCUUCUAUAGGCGAAGAACUUGUGCAAGAGAAUUUCACAUCAUGUGAUAUCUACUCAGUUUCUUCGAAGAGCGGACAGUCCCUUUCCUCCGCCUUGUCUCAAGACGCGAAACUGAGAGUCAAUAUCUCCAACUCAUUAGAAGUAUCGAGCGGUUCCAGUAAUGUUUCCUCUACGGGUAACUUUUCCGACUCAGACAUUGCCAUAAUCGGCUACUCGGGAAGAUUCCCUGAAUCAGCUUCGAACGAAGAGUUUUGGGAACUGUUAAUUGCUGGGCGAGAUGUGCAUCGAACCAUCCCCGAAGAUCGAUUCGACUGGAAAGCACAUUACGACCCGACCGGGAAGACAAAGAACACCAGUCGAGUGAAGUACGGUUGUUUUGUGAAAGAACCAGGGCUUUUCGACGCCCGGUUCUUCAACAUGUCUCCACGGGAAUGCGAGAAUUGUGAUCCCGCGCAGCGACUAGCUAUUACUUCUGCUUAUGAAGCAAUUGAAAUGGCUGGACUUGUUUCUAAUAGAACACCAUCAACGCAACAGGAUCGUAUCGGUGUUUUCUAUGGAGUCACUAGCGAUGACUGGCGGGAGGUUAAUAGUGGCCAAGAUAUUGAUACAUACUUCAUCCCAGGAGGUAACCGUGCUUUCAUCCCAGGUCGAAUAAGUUAUUUCUUCCGAUUUUGUGGACCAAGUUUGAGCGUGGAUACUGCUUGUUCGUCUAGUUUUGCGGCAAUUCAGACAGCAUGUGCCUAUCUUUGGCGUGGCGAGUGUGAUACUGCUCUUGCAGGCGGUGCGAAUAUUCUCACCAACCCAGAUAAUUUUGCUGGGCUGGAUCGAGGCCACUUUCUCUCUACCACUGGUAAUUGUAACGCAUUUGACGACACAGCAAAUGGUUAUUGUCGUUCUGACGCUGUCGGAACCGUGAUUCUCAAAAGGAUGGAGGAUGCUAUUGCAGACAAUGAUCCAAUCUUCGGAGUGAUUCGUGGAGCCUACACAAAUCAUUGUGGUCGUACGGAUUCGAUAACCCGACCAUUCGAAGGCGACCAGGCUGCUGUAUUCAACCGAAUUAUGCGAUAUGCUGGUGUCAACCCCCUAGAUGUCGGCUAUGUCGAGAUGCACGGAACCGGUACUCAGGCAGGAGAUGCAACUGAAAUGAGGUCGGUACUAUCUGUGUUCGCGCCGUUCAGUACGAGGAAAUUCCCUCUACACUUAGGGACAGUCAAGGCCAAUAUCGGCCACGCCGAGUCUGCAUCAGGUGUUGCAUCUUUGAUAAAGGUGCUAUUAAUGAUGAAACACAACGCUAUUCCACCUCAUUGUGGCAUCAAGACAAAAAUAAACCACAACUAUCCAACUGAUUUAAAAGAGCGUAACAUCCACAUUCCCUUCCAGCUAACACCUUGGUCUCGCGAGGACAUGUCACUGGGAAAACGCCUGGUCUUUUUGAAUAAUUUUAGUGCUGCCGGUGGGAACACUGCAGUUUUGUUGGAAGAUGCUCCAGUUCGGAAUGCGAAAGAUGGAAAUGAUAGUCGUUCAAAACAGCCAGUGACUGUAACCGGAAAGACAGUCAAGUCCCUCAAAGGGAAUAUCGAAAAGCUUAUCCGCUAUCUUGACCAGUACCCCGACACCUCUGUUUCCUCGCUAUCCUAUACAACUACUGCGAGGAGAAUGCACCAUACUUAUCGAGCGAUUGUUUCUGGGUACGAUGUUGAGUCUAUUCGCAGCCGCUUACAGAAGAUUUUAGAAUCCGUUUCAGAGACGAAGCCAAUUCCAACAGCAAGCAAACUACCAAAGACAGUGCUAGUUUUUACCGGACAAGGAGCGGCUUAUCAGGGGCUCGGGAAGGAGCUUUUUGAGACAGCUCCGAUUUUCCGCGACAGUAUCAUACGGUUCGAUAAUAUUGCGCAGCAACAAGGGCUUCCCAGUUUCCUACCUCUAGUCUGCAGCAGCUCGCCAGAUAGACCCGUACAUGCUUAUGGGCCCAUAGUCACUCAUUUAGCGCUUGUUUGCGUUCAAAUGGCGCUAUAUACUCUCUGGAGAGCCUGGGGAGUGACAGCUUCUGCUACCAUUGGACACAGUCUCGGCGAGUAUCCCGCCUUGUAUGCCGCAGGAGUUCUGACCGCAGCAAAUGUUAUAUACCUAGUAGGAACUCGGGCUCGACUAUUGACUGAAAAGACUACUCCGGGAACUCAUGCUAUGCUAGCGGUCAAAUUAUCUGCAGUCGCAAUUGAGCGCGAGCUACAAGGCAGUGGCUGUGAGAUAGGCUGCUUUAAUCAGCCUUCAAACAAUGUCGUCACAGGACCAUUGGAACAGCUGACCCAGUUGCAAAAUCGACUCAAAUCGAGAGGUGUCGAAUGCAUGCUGUUGGAUAUUCCCUAUGCCUUCCAUUCCAAUCAAGUUGAGCCGAUCCUGGCAUCAUUUGAGAAAGCAGCUAGUGCUGUUAAUUACAAUCAACUAACGAUUCCGUACAUAUCCCCUUUACUCUCUAAGGUGGUCUCUCCAGAAGACAAUGGCGAAUUCGACUGUACCUAUCUUACAAACGCGUGUCGUCAGCCAGUAAAAUUUCAGGAUGCUAUUGAAGCAGCGCAAGCCAGUUCCCAUGUUGAUGAAAAGACGAUAUGGAUAGAAGUUGGCUCACAUCCAACUUGCAUCGGAAUGAUUAAAAGUAUCCUCAGCGGUCAAAGCCCACGCGUGUUCGGCUCACUUCGAAAAGAUACAGAUGACUGGACCGCAAUCAUGCCUGCCAUUGAGGGACUUUAUCAAAGCGGCUUCGACAUUCAAUGGUCAGAAUAUCACAGAGGAUUUGAGAAUGAACAGGAAGUUCUGGGCCUACCAAGCUACGCAUGGGAUUUGAAAAAUUAUUGGAUUCAGUACCGAAAUAAUUUCUGCCUCACUAAGGGAGACGAUCCAGUUCCCACGACUAGUAUCGCUUCGGGUUCACCAGUUGCUCAAAAGCGGGUGCCAUAUGUCUCACCUUCUGUCCAGAGAAUAUUAGAAGAAGACAAUGGAACGGACGCAUCUACAUUAGUGGCCGAGUCUGAUAUACAUGAUCCACGCCUCGCCCCCAUCCUGGAAGGUCAUGUAGUGAAUGGUGCUAUGCUUUGUCCAUCUUCACUCUAUGCCGAUGUUGCAAUCACGAUCACGCAGUACAUGGCAAAAGCUAUUGGGAUUUAUAAGGACACAACCGGGCUAGAUGUCGCUGAUAUGAAGGUCAUCAAUCCUUUGAUUCUUAACAAGGAUUGCGAUGCGCAGCUUUAUCAGGUAGUUGCUACAGCCCAAUGGAAACAGCAUAUCGUUUCCUUCAAACUGUUCAGCGUCAAUAAUGCUGGUCGGAAAACCGGAGACCAUGCAACUUUCACCGUUCGGAUUACGCCAAAUCAGAACUGGAUUGCCGAGUGGCAGCGUCAAGCCUACCUGAUCCGUAGUAGAAUAUCUGCACUUCAAAAUAGCGUGAAAGAGGGAAGCGCUCACAUACUCAAGCGACCUUUGGCAUACCAGCUGUUCUCGACGCUGGUAUCAUAUAAUACCGACUACCAGGGAAUGCAGGAGGUGAUGCUGGACAGCGAUGAGCAUGAAGCUACCACCAAAGUUGAAUUUCAAGUGGAUGACCGUGGAUUCAAAUUCAAUCCAUGUUGGGUCGAUAGUCUUGGACACAUCGCUGGUUUUAUUAUGAAUGCAAGUGAUGCCACCCCCACGAAGUCACAGGUAUUUAUCAACCACGGCUGGGACAGAAUGCGCUGCGCUAUCAAUUUCGAGAAAGGGGUGGAAUAUCAGGUUUAUAACCGAAUGCAGCUGGAGAGCGGCACGACCUACGUGGGUGAUACCUAUAUCUUCAAGGGCAACAGUCUAGUUGGCAUCUACGAAGGCAUUCGCUUCCAAGGAGUUCCGCGUCAGCUUCUUGAUCGUCUCCUACCAUCAAGGAAGCAAACCCAACAACGAGCAGUAAGCGACAAACCACCUGUUCAGAGUUCAAAUCGACAGCCAAACCCAUCUGCUGCACAGCCCACAAACGUAGUUUCCCAGAAGCCAACUCUAGCAGUAAAACAAAAACCGGUGGUCUCUACAGCUCCGAGACCUAAUGAGAUUGCAUCUCGUGUACUGACCAUAAUAGGUGAAGAAGCUGGUGUUGAUCCCACCGAACUCGAUCCCAAUGAAGACUUCCAGAACCACGGGAUCGAUUCACUUCUCUCUCUUACCAUCUGUGGCCGGAUCCAAGAGGAGCUUGGUGUAGAGGUCCCAUCUUCAUUGUUCGCAGAUUACUGUACUCCAUUAGAGUUGAGUCGGUUCUUCGGCAGUGACAAUAAUCAUACCUCGUCUGCCAGCUCGGCUUCAUCCUCUGACGACACUGAUGGAAUAAAUACUCCGGACAACCGAGAAAUCGAUUCUGACACUUCUACAGAAGGGGAAACAGGAAACUCCAUCCUCGAAGUAAUUCGCGAAAUGAUUGCACAGGAGACAGGUGUCCCAGUUAGCGAGCUGUCACUUACUAGCAGCUUCGCAGACUUAGGUGUUGAUUCUCUACUGACACUCACCAUUGUCGGAAAGUUGACCGAGACUCUAGACAUGGAUAUACCCUCCAAUCUGCUCAUGGAGUGUGAAAACCUGGAAGAAGUCAGCAAAGCAUUGGGUUUACAGGAACCGCCACUUUCUUUGCCUGCAGAACCAGUACUGAAUACAGGCAAAAUAACAAAAUUUAGCUUUGAUCCCCAUGCUGGUCCGCAGUCAACCUCUAUUUUGCUAUCUGGGAAUGCAAAAACGGCCAAUAAAAUCUUCUUUCUCUUCCCCGACGGCUCAGGGUCCGCAACAUCGUACGCCUCCCUUCCAAAGUUUGGCUCUGACGUUGUCGUAUACGGAUUGAACUGUCCAUACAUGAAGACGCCACAUGCCAUGACAGGCACAUUGGAAGAGUUGACCUCCAAAUAUCUCGUGGAGAUUCGACGUCGUCAACCAAAUGGUCCGUAUUAUCUAGGCGGAUGGUCAGCAGGUGGUAUCUGUGCAUACGAAGCCGCACAGCAACUUGCUCGCGAGGGCUGCAAGACGGAAAAAUUGAUUCUCAUUGACUCGCCCAAUCCAGUAGGACUGGAGAACCCACCGCAACGCAUGUAUGACUUUUUCGAAAGUAUUGGUAUUUUUGGGAGCGGUAGCAAGCCGCCUCCCAGCUGGCUGAGGCCACAUUUUGAUGCUUUCAUUCGGUUACUCGACAACUACAAAAUUAGGCCUGUGGCCAACUCAGGAUUCAAAAUGGAGGUCUACAUGUUGUAUGCUCGCGACGGCAUAUGCAGUGAUCCCAGCGUGCCUCGACCAGAAAUCAGGCCCGAUGAUCCGCGUGAAAUGAUCUGGUUGCUCAACGAGCGGACUGAUUUUAGUGGUGAUGGAUGGGCAUCAAUUGUGGGUAGAGAAAAUCUCCAAAUCACUGUUAUGGAUAAAGUGAAUCAUUUUUCAAUGAUGGAUAAGGGGCCACACAUGGAACAAUUUGCAAGUUUCCUUCACCGGGCAUUAGCAUGAAUUUACUAGCAUCUAGUCCGUAGCUAUUGCUUUUAUUGCUUUCUUCCCUUUCAUUUCCAGGCCUGUACGCAUGAUGGUAUAUGCUUAGUUUUAGAUGUUUCAUUAGUUGUCAUUCCUUUAACAAGACUUUGUUAUGAGACUUUGAUAUCUUUUCAUAUAGUUGUCAUAGUCUCAAUAUUAGAAACUGCUUUCCUAUCACUCAAGCAAAAUUCGUUCAGAGAUACUUCCGUUACAGAAAACAGUGCACGCUUUACUUACUUCAAUUACUUAAUAUGUUUGACCUUUACUUUGACCAUACAAAAGUUCCAUAAAAUAGCAUAAGGUUAUUUCA